AUGGCCGAUGCUACGCAGAGCAACAAUCCUUUUGCUCCAGAUGAGAGAUCCGCAUCACGCGCACCUAGUCGAGCGAGUACAAUCAGCUUGCAGCAGGGUUCCAUCUACAGCGAGACUCCUGAUACCAUGACCGUUGAUAGCCCAACUGUGACAGCCCCAAAGACCCGGCGUAGAAGGAAUACUGACACCAAGAUGGCUACCGGAUGUACAGAAGAUCAAGAAAACGAUAGCCAGGAGCAACUGGUGAUGGAACUCCUCGACAUGGUCGCAGGUGCUACUCCAGAUGACUUGGCCUCUCAACAAGACAAGAUAACGAGCACCUUGUAUCGUCUCAAGGACCUCCAAGACCAGCAACCACCCAAGGUCUCAUUCAACCCAUCCAUUGCCAACAGCCGCCGUGAGCGCCUCGAGGGCUUGUUCAUCUAUCUCACCUCAGAGCUAUCGGCCAUACCCGCCACCAACUGGGCGUCGUACAAGAAGAAGCUCAUUAAAUUCUGCGAAUCCGAGCUCAUCAUCAACAUGGAGUUCCCUCAGCGCCUCUACAAGGUCAUGGAGAUCAUCUAUCUGCCCGAAGAAUUGGAAGCGAUCCCCAAAGAGGAAUUCGAGAGAAUGCGCAGUGUGGCGAGGGUUUGUGCUACUGUUGCCCAGGCCAUGGGGCCAGACGGCGAGGUUACGGAUGCCCGGGCGGAGAAGUGGAUUAGUGCAAAGGUGAGGGAUCUUGAGUUCUUGAAGAAGAUGUUUCACUCGAUGCGAAACACAUUUAAAGCCUCUGGGUUUGAGCAGACGGAGAUGCCUUGGGAGAGGCAGGGCUAA